AUGUUUGGGCUUCGAAUGUUUUCAAAUAAUCCAUUUCCAACACCUCCUGCCGACUGGUUAUUGUCCGCUGUUUUUCUUUCUUCUGGUCUUUGUUCUGAUUCUACAAUUGAUUUACUUGAAAGACUUAUACUCAACCGUGACAAAAUUUCCUUGGAAUGUUUUUGGCCCCAAUCAAUUCGCUCUUCAGACAAUAAUUCCUUUGAAGAUUAUUUAACAACAAAAAUCUAUCCUCUAAUUUUUUCAUUUCUCCAAAAAUCUCAGCAAUUCCAACCCCUCAUUCCUUUCCUUUCUUCAAUUAAAUUACCUUCACUUUUACAUUUAUUUUUAUUUUAUUCCCAACAAAUUUAUUUAAAUAUUCUUCCAUUUAAAUUAGUCGAAGAAUAUUUACUUUUGGCAAUAAUUGGAGGGCCAGAAGCUCAAGUAAUUUUUAAUUGGAGGGUUGGGAAUUACAAAUAA